AUGGCUACUAUUACCGAACAGCAGCAAAAAGCUCCGGAGUCAGUUCCGGCAGCAAAGGAUGGCGUUUUCUACUACUACGGUGGUAACAUAGAAGCUUCAUAUCGUACAAUUAAUAAAGAUGCUGCAGCCAAAGGAAACUUCACCUCGAUCCCAACGAUCGACAUUUCCAACAUCGACUCACCAGAACUCUCAGACCGCAAGGCCAUUGCCGCGCAGAUCUACGAAGCAUGCACAACCAGCGGCUUAUUCUACAUCUCCGGUCACAACAUCUCUGAUGCCCAACAGAAAGCCGUCUUUGACGCCAUGAAGUGCUUCGUCGCCGCGCCCGAGGAAGCCAAAGAAGCGACUCACGCCUUCAAGACCGUGUCAAUGCGAAGCUACGAACCUCUGCCUCCGCCAGCCUCAGGCCGCGACAUGAAAGAAGCUUCCAGCUUCGGCGACUACAUAAUCGACACGGAGCAAAACUUUCAAGGCCAAAUACCUAAGCACAUCAAAGCCCAAAACAUCUGGCCUUCCGAGACCGAGAUUCCAAAUUUCGCGAAGAUAUGUACGCCUAUCACGACCAAAUCCUUCCACUUGCUAUGA